CUGACCCUGCACUCUGACCCCAACUUCCAGACAAGCUGGGAAAUGCGAAGAAAGAAUUUCAUUGUACUGCACACGUGUAGAGGUUCGAGAGACAUGUGGCGCGCUUACAGAGGCAUGAUGGAGGCCAACUUGAAAAACUCAGAGAAAUACUUCCUCGCUCGAGGAAACUACGACGCGGCGAGCAGGGGCCCCGGGGGCCGCAGGGACGCCAAAGUCAUCAGUGAUGGUAGAGAAUGGAUCCAGGAGAGAACCAGGAAAGGAAACGAGGACGCCGAAGCCGAUCAGUUCGCCAACGAGUGGGGGAGGAACGGCAACGACCCGAACUUCUUCAGGCCCCCAGGACUUCCCAGCAAAUACUGAGCACGACGCCGCCACAGCGGAAACGCUUUUUUAUCUACAGCUCUUGCUUCAGCUCAUAUAACACUAACAUAAACGUUUAUAUCAGACACGUGCAGGACGUGACGGAGAGGCAUUAAUAACAUCAUUCAUAAUAAACCAUAAAUGAGUUAUUAAUAA